AUGUCGGGUCAUAUAGCGCAGAUAGCGGAGCAAGUGAUAGGCCACAGGUCGGAGGCUGAGAAAGCUUCCACAGCAGCUAGACGGUUGGCGGAGACGAUUAAGAGCAGAAGACUUGGCGAAGAGGAGGAGAUCGUGAUUCCGCCGCCUGUUCUCCGAGAUGCCUAUGAUCGUGUCCUCACCAAGGCCAUCCAGUCGGUCAUUUGCUGCGUCGACAUCCCAAGCAUGUGCCCGUCCCUCUCAGCACGCUCACAGCUGGGGUCCUGCUGGUUUGCAUGUGCUCGAGCUGACAAGAAGCGGCAGCAUGGGGAGGAGGGGAUCGACGGGAAACCCGUUCCUCUCGACCUAUGGGGGAUACGGGGGGCCUUCAACGGAGCUCCUGGGAUGCCCAAGGAAACGGACAAGAAAGUUCAGUGGGAAGAGGAGAAGGAGGAGGAACGAGCAUUCCCUGGCCUCGAUGCUGCUGGUCGCGUCGUCAGAAAUCCAUUUCGUCGGCAAGCAGAGACGUUGCCAUCUCGACAAUUCAACAUGCGGGCAGAGGCUUCUAAGAAGUUUGAUCGCGAAAUAUCCUCGAAAGCUUCUUGGGCUGAUUCAAGCGUAAAUGCCAAGUGUAUCGAAGAGCUGAAAACAGUUCGCUCGCUCAAGGAGAGACACGAGAAAGAUUCGAAUGGUGAAAGACAAAGAAAGGAGGGGGAAGAAGAGACUAAAAAGUUUAAGGAAAUGAUGUUUCACGUGCGGGCGGAUGCUUCGCAUUUCACUGUCAACGGCGUCGGGCUGAUCCUCUCUCACCUCGAAACUUCCUCCCCUCCGCGUUUUGUCAACCUCAACCUUGGUGUGAAAGACAAGCUGGGGAAGGACAAAAGAAACAAGGAGGAGGAGGAGGAGGAGGAGGAGGAGGAGGAGGAGGAAGCUGUUGUCCGAGUUCAGCCUCCUCCUGUCAAGCGUUUUCGCGUUCAAGAAAUUCUCCCUGGAACUGCAGCAGAUCGUGCGAAGAAUCCAUCGAUCUGCAUCGGAGACGAGCUGGUGCGGGUGGAGGGGGUGGACGUGGCGCCUCUGCUGCUUCCUCAGGUCAACAUGCUCCUGCUCGGCCCCCCUGGCUCCGGCGUGUCUCUGGUCAUGCGGAGAUCCCUGAGCCAGGCGUCGAAGAAGAAAAAAGCUGAGGAGUGGGAGGACUCGGACUCGGAGAACAGCAGCGACUUGGAGGAGGACGAGGACUUGUGGCACUACUUCACGGUGCGACUGGCGCGAGGGUCAGCAGAAUUCUUCAACUUGCUGGACAUGUGCCAUGAUAUGGUGGAAGAGCGCGAGGCGCUCCUGGAGGAGCUGGAGAAAUACAAGCAGCAAACUAAGUCCGCAGAGGAGGGUCAGAUGGUGCUCGACCUGCGCAGAGAUCUCGGAGUGACGGAAGCGAAUCUAACAAGAAAUGAGCGGCAUGCUCGCGAGCUUCUCUUCCAGCAACGCUCCUCUGCUGCCGUCACCGCCGGCGAGAUUGCCUUCGGCUCGCGAGUUCGCACGCUUGAGGCAGGCGAGAGGCGGGGAGGAGGAGGAAGUGAGAGGCCGCGGCAGACCCUGGUGGAAGAGAAGGAGGCUGAGCUGCGAACCCUGACCCGAGAGCUCCAGCUGCAACGACACGAAAGGGCGAUUGCACAGGAGGGAGCGCGGAGGAUGGAGGACAACUUUACGAGACUGGAGCGGCAGGUAAAGACAAUGCUGACGAGACUCUCUGCUGCCUGUCAAGACUGCGAGAUCUCUCUCGACCCCCAUCACCCUGACGCUCCCGCGAGCAUCUUGAAGAGCCUGCACACAGCUCAUGCUUCCUUCCUCGCCAAUGUCGAGCCUCCUUACCUCUCCUUUCCUCCACCCGUCCCGCCUCCUCCCACCUCGCACCCUCGAACAAGCCUCUCCUCCUCUUCCUCAGCCUUUACCAACCCCAACACCCUCCAACAGGAAGAGCCUCGAGCUCGCGCCAGCCUUUCUCUCCCUCCUCCUUUAACCGUCGAGCUCUCUCCGCCAGCAUCGCGGGACUUCAAUCCUCCUCUACGCGAGCAUGAGGGGGAAGCAAGCAGCAAGACCAGGGCAGAGGAAGCGCUGACAAGAGCAGGAGCAGCUGCGACGUCGUUCGUUGAUUGGAAGGAGCGACUGGACGAGCUCUUGAAGCACGUCGAGUCUGCGACAGUCUCAUCGCCCUCGCACGAGUCGCUUCCUCCGCUGUCGACCUCAAGCGCCUUCGACUUGUUGAGCAGAUGA